GAUAAGAACUAACCGGAGGCGGAGCCUUUACGGAAAAGCUGCCUACCGAUGAUUCACGGGAAGAUGAGCGGCAGUGACCGAGCAGAGCGCACCAUCAUGGGAGCGAACAUGGUCUCACUGUGGCUGACAUGGGUUUGUCUGGUGCAGACCUCUGGGAUGUUGUCUCACGUGGAGAGAUAUGAGGUGGUCCGACCUCAGAGACUCGAGGCGAGACAGAAGAGGAGCCUGCGGGACAACCAGCUUUAUCCUGAUACGGUCCAGUACGAGUUGGCCAUUGAAGGGAGGAACCACACGAUUCAUCUGGAAAAAAACAGGAAUCUCAUUGGGAGAGGCUACACUGAAACACACUAUUCAGAAGAUGGAAAACGGGUGACGGCUUCACCAAAUGAAGAGCACUGCUACUAUCACGGCCACAUUGAAGGCAUGAAGGACUCCUCAGUCAGCGUUGGGAUUUGUUCAGGCAUUAGUGGCUUUGUGAGAGCCCGGCAGCAGGUUUACCUGAUAGAGCCUCUGGGACAGUCCGAGGACGGUGACCACGCAGUUUACAGACGGGAGCACCUGAAGAUCAGCGGCACCGCCGGCUGCGGCUCCUCGUCCAACACCACCCCGCUGUACGACCAGGACCAGGACCAGGCCCCUCGGCUCUCUGGUCUCUUCAGGUCCAGAUCAUGGAAAACUAAACCCAUCACAGGUCCACAGAGAUUUCUCGAGCUGUUUGUGGUGGUGGACAAUAAUGAGUACAAUCGAUACGGAAGCAAGACUAAAUCCCGCAUUCUUGGAGUUAUAAAUCACGUCGACAAGCUGUAUCGACCUCUGAACAUUCGCAUCAUGCUGGUGGGCUUGGAGAUUUGGUCAUACAAAGACUUGAUUGACGUUGACAUUAAUUCGGAGACUACCCUGGACAAUUUUCUAACGUGGCGGCAGGCCGAUCUCCUGCAGAGGACGAAGCACGACAAUGCCCAGUUUGUGACUGGCAAAGAUUUUAAAGACGAUACAGUUGGACUGGCAAAUAAGUUUGCCAUGUGUACUGAAAACUCAGGUGGAGUCAAUCAGGAUCACCAUGAAAACCCAAUAGGCCUUGCCUCCACCAUCGCUCAUGAGAUGGGACAUAAUUUUGGCUUGUCCCAUGAUUCUGAACAUUGUAUGUGUGGUCCGUCUUACAGCAGUGGCAACUGUGUGAUGGCAGACAAGCUCAGGACAGGAAAUCAAGCGUUCCCGGAGUUUUUCAGCGGCUGCAGUAUGGAGCAGCUCGCUGAAUUCAUGGAGCGAGCUCAGCCCAGCUGCUUGUCCAAACCCAGCUCCGUUAAGACCAUCGCUGCAGGCCCUAGCUGCGGCAACGCCCUGCUGGACCCUGGAGAAGAGUGUGACUGUGGCACUGUGGAGGAAUGCACAAACCUGUGUUGUGAGGCCUCAACUUGUCGGCUGACUUCAGGAUCCCAGUGUGCUCACGGACAAUGCUGUGACAACUGUCAGUUCAAACCGGCUGGAAGUGUGUGCAGAAAGUCAGCCGGUGACUGUGACUUGUCUGACUACUGCACCGGAGCGUCGGGGGAUUGUCCUGAAGAUAGUUUUGUGAUGAAUGGCAAGCCCUGCUACAACCAGGCACAGGGCUACUGCUACAACGGACAAUGCCCCACACAUCAGCAGCACUGCUGGAGACUGUUUGGACCAGGAGCCGGAGUUGGACCAGAUGUGUGUUUUAACCUGAACAAACGUGGCGAAGAAGGCGCUAACUGUGGGAGGAACAAAUUCGGCUACACCCCCUGCACUGAAGCGAAUCUUAAGUGCGGAUCUAUGUUUUGUGGAAGAGGGGGCGAGUCCAUCACAGGUAAAAGAGCAGCCUACACUGUGAAGAGCACUGAAUGUAAUCUAGCUGUGGAUGACGAUAAGACCAGAAACAUCGACAUGGUGCCAAAAGGAACCAGAUGUGGACCAAAUAAGGUUUGCCUCGACAACAGAUGUGUGGAUAUUUUAGUUUAUGGGAAAGAGGAGGAUUGUGCAAAGAAAUGCAACAACAAUGGGGUGUGUAAUCACAAGAGAGAGUGCCACUGUAAUCCCGGCUGGGCUCCCCCCUACUGUGACAUCCAGUAUGCAGAUUUACCUCAAGGUCAGAGUGGGAUAAUAGCCGGUGUGUGUGCAGCUCUCUCCAUCCUUCUGGUGAUCACUACAGUGAUCGCGGGGCUGAUGUGCUGCAAGAAGGACAACGUGGACAACUACAUGGCCAAAAGGAAAGUGCAUUCGGCUCCAGACAAGUUGAACCCGAUGUUUCAAGACAGACCUCAGAUCAGUCAGCCCACUUUCAUGGAGUCAACAGCAACGCAAGCCUACGCUCCUCUGAUUGUUACUGUGAGUCCCAGCAGAGCCGCUCCACAGCCACCAAAGAAUCUGCCUUCAGUGUCAUCUACCUCACUAACUGAGCCGACCAAACCUCUACCUCCAUCUAAACCUUUACCUCCUCUGAAUCUAACUCUGAAUAAGGCAGCCAGACCAAGUCCUCCUCCUGUACCUCCAGUCAAGCCCAGCCCUCCUCUGCCUCCAGCGAAGCCACAAGUUCACAGACUCACAUGAAAGGCUCAUUAAAGGUUGCAGCAUGUAGUUGAACAUAAGAGAGCAAUCUUUUUUGGGAUCAUUCAUGUGAGUCACAGAGACCAAAGAGUUUGGAAAAGUUGCCUCUUUGUCUUAAAGAUGGCACAAUGUGACCCCAGCUUCACCGACUGAGAAUGUCUUUGAUGACCAACAGCUUCACAGCUGCUGUGGAAAAGUGAUUUUGGGAGAAAACUCUCCAUUAAUGUAACUGCUGUUGCAGAUGUGGGAAAAAGUUUUUUCUGCUCACUUGCUUUAACAUUGUCUCAUUACAGCAUGAGCAAAAUGGUGCUCAUGUGAAAAUGUACUUUUCAAAUAUUUAUUUAAUGUCUGUUCAAGGGACGGUAUGAACAUUAUUAGAGUGAAGGAGGGUCAAAAAGGGGGGAGGGUAGUAUUUAUGAUUUCUUUUGGUUGAAGGGAGGGUAGUCGCUCACUUUUGGAAGAGCAGGGGAGGGUGUUCUGUGGCUGGAACGUUUGGGACGUUUGCCGUAAUUACUUAUGAGAAGUUUGGUGUUUUUAGCUCGGUUUUUGGUCUCCACCACCUCCUGAGAAAAAUAUAUCUCUCUUUAAAUUCUACUAUAUGUCCAUCAGCUAGUCUCUAACUGUGUCUGUUUGCUGCUAAGCAGGUAGACUACAGUUGCUUUUUCCAUAUUUUUCUCUGAAAACGACGCUAUGAAAGUGGUUAGCAGGAGGCAAUUCCUUUUUAGCAAAAUUACCGAAAUGCCAUCCACUAGUAGCAGAGAGAGUGCAGAGGCAGAUAGGUUGUUAAGUUGAAUGUGUUAGUCUUGUCUGGCUGACUCAUUGAUCCUUUAUCCGACUCUGAGACCCACCCUUCCGUCUUCUUGCAUCUAUAAUCUCUAACAGGGACAAUAUGUGUUAAUAUUUUGUUUAUGAUUUUUCUUGUUUAUUUAUUAGACAAUGUUUUUUUGAGUGAAACGAAGCGAACUCGCCGCUGAAACAUCACCGGGCUGGCGGAGGAGGAAGCCGUUGAAAAGUUUCAACAAGCUGCUCUCCACACCCUAAUCAUUUUCAUACAGUCCCUUAACUGUCCAAAGCCAGUCUGUGUCUUCUACAAGGUUUAUCUUGUGUCACUCUGCACUGUACUUGAAAACUUCUGAAUGGUACACACAGUAUUCAGACGACCUGUGGGAGUUACUGUGGUUCAUGCUUUGUUUGUUUCCAGUCCCGAGGCUGUGUGUGUGACAGAGCCUCAAGAAACAACUUUUUUACUGCACUUGUAUGUUUUUUUUUGUAGUGAAUUAGUAGCAUAUCACUGAUAAGUUUAAAAAAAUCCAAAAUAUCAGUUGGCACGAUCACAAUAGUCCUUUUUAAACCUGAAUGAAUUCCUGUAAGAAUAAGAGGGCCGUUUGUUUUAACAAAUAAAGUGCACUUUAUUACAAAAGUAUGAUCAUGUUGCAUCAGCAGAUGUAUCGGCUGUGUUUUCCCUCAGAGGUUUAUUAUUAUUUUUGUGAAUUGCAUAAUGAUUAAAAAUGUUUCUCAAUGAA